GCCAUCUUCCCUCGUGUAGCUGACUCGUGUUGUGUUGAAACAACGAAACCGUGAAAUAAAGUCGGUAAAGAUGGCAGAUCCAGAAACUGCAAAGGAUACAAAGACGGACCCCGAAGAGGUGGAAGAUGUUGACGAAGGUAGUGAAGAAGUUGGAGAAGAUGGACGUACAGCAGCUGGGGAUAACAUCACUAACCAGUAUUUGCAGAACCCGCAAGUUUUAGCGGCUAUCCAGAGUAAAUUGGGUAGCAUGGUGGGCGCACCCUCUGGGUACAUAGCCAGUUUGCCAAAGGUGGUGAAAAGGAGAAUAAAGGCGCUGAAGAAACUUCAGUUUGAAGCCACAAAAAUUGAAGCUGAUUUUUAUGUACAAGUCCAUAAGUUAGAGUGCGAAUAUGCUGCAAAAUAUGCACCCCUAUAUGAUAAGCGUAAAGAGAUUGUGACAGGCUCAACAGAGCCCACAGAGGAUGAGUGUGAUUGGCCAAGUGAUGAGGAGGAAGAGGAAGAAGCUAUUGGGGAGGAGGCAAAGUUAUCGAACACCCAGGAGGCCCUGAAAGACAAAGUUAAAGUAGAAGACGAGAAGAAAGAUGAGGCUAAAACUGAAGCUAAGGCAGAGGAGGAUCCAUCAGGAAUUCCGCAGUUUUGGCUUACAAUAUUUAAGAAUGUGGAUAUGCUAACAGAGUAUAUUCAGGAUCAUGAUGAACCAAUACUACAGCACCUCACUGAUAUAACCGUCAAAUACACAGAUCCAGUAUCAUCAGUCAUGGGAUUCACUCUAUACUUCCAUUUUGAACCUAACGAUUAUUUCACAAAUACAGUCUUGACAAAAGAAUACACAAUGAGAUCAGACCCAGAUGAAACUGAUCCCUUCUCGUUUGAAGGACCCGAAAUUGUGAAAUGUAAAGGAUGUACAAUUGACUGGAAGAAAGGCAAGGAUGUCACAGUGAAAGCCAUCAAGAAGAAACAGAAGCACAAAGGGCGGGGCACCACAAGGACUGUGACAAAAACCGUCAAGAAUGAGUCUUUCUUUCACUUUUUCAAUCCCCCAGCAGUUCCAGAAGGUGAUGACGUUGAAUUGGAUGAAGAGGUGGAGGCACAGCUAACCAAUGAUUUUGAAAUCGGUCAUUUUAUCCGUGAGCGUUUGGUUCCGAGGGCAGUUCUGUACUUCACAGGAGAGGCUUUAGACGAUGAAGAGAUCCCAACUUAUCGGAUGUAUGAAGACGAUGGCAUGGAAGAUGAGGAUGGAGAUGAUGAGGAAGAUGAUGAAAAUGACCCUGACUAUGAACCAAAGGAAACUGCAUAGUUAAGAGAUAGCACUGUUAACUCUGGCACCAUUGUAUCAGGGUGACCGGAAAACUCCUGGCGAAUGCAAACAGCAAUGAGAUUUCUUGUUUUAGACGAGAGUGAAUGGGCUUGCUACAUCUGAUGUGAUGCUGCUACAGUGGACUUGUACAGAACUGGUCGCGGUAGUUUACAACCUCCGCCUAGGUGCGCUCUAGCUAACGACAGUUUGCAGUCUGUUAUGUGGCAGGCUGACCAUCCUUGUGAACAAACUGAAUGUGCUCUCCGACGUGUACUUGUGAUUUCAAACAUCCCCUUCCCUGCGUCCCAGCCACCGUCGUCUGUGUUUUAGUUAUUAUUUAACACGUUACUGUAUGUAGCCGCCCUCUUCCCCUCUGAACUUGCAGAUGGCUAUCGUCCCUUAUCCAUGCCUGGGGGAUACUGACGGUGUUGAGUACCUCGCUGCUGAUACAUGCUACAUAGAGACAAUCUGACACUUUAUAGGGCAAAUGCAUUUCAUAAAAAUUUUUAUCAUACAAUUAAUAAUUGGCAUUGUGACAAUGUUUUUCAUCGUGAAGCAUCAGACAAUAUUGUUCUCACUACUACGCUCAAAGUUCAUGGAGUUUUAUUUGGCAUGUUAUAAAAUGAUCUGACUAAAUACAUUGUUGUUUCCUUGGGCUGCUAAAAUUAUCUUUAUGUUGUUACAAUAUUAUUACUAUCUUUUCAUGUGCUAUGGUGGAAAGCAAAGGAUAUUAUUUUGAAUCUCUUCGUCUGACACGCUUUGGUUUCCACGCAAUAAAUCCUCCAAAUACUGUUCCAUUUAGAUUAAGUUUGUUGAGAAGGUUGAUGGACAUUGCGCAACUUCUCAUUAAGUUUGAAAACCAUCCGGAUACGUUCUGGAGUUUUGCAUAUUUAAUGAUUUCACAUGCAGUAACCGCUCCAAAUAUUGUCCGCUUGUGAUCAGAUUUAUCGCAGAGGUUAUGGACAUUGUGGAGUUUUAUAGAAAGGUCAAAAACCAGCCCCAUCUGUGAUUAAGAUUUGCAUAUUUAAUGAUUUCCGCGAUUCUCAAUGACCAUUGGUUUCCGUGCAAUAGCUGCUCGAAAAUAUUAUCCGUUGCUGUGGAACUUUAAGGCUAAGACUUCAUGGUUAGUCUGACAGUGCGAAGGCAUAAAUACAGGCAUUUAUACAGCCUUGUCACAGGCUUCUCUCUCUGGGCAGAUGGUUGGGAUGUGCGACCAGUUACAAUAUAUGAAACUCCUCUAUCUUUUGAGUGGCACAGCCACUAGAGUUACGAUGCGAAAACCUUUCUAAAAUGUCGACUUCCUGAUCGAGGACAUUUAUUGCUAUAAAAUUUCCAAAAGAAAGCACGCUGCAAAACAGAAGUUGUACUGAGAGUCCACAGCUUUGCAGCGUGGCUUGAAGAUAGUUACCGUUAAAUGUUUUGUAACAGAAAGUCGAUAUUGCAACUCUCGUGGCUGCGUCACUCGAUGGAUAGAUGAGUUACAUAUAUUGCAACUAGAUAUGCGACCAGUUGUGCUGAACUGUAUUAAGACUAGAGACUAGUUAUUUAAUCUCUGCUAAAGUUAUUGGUUCAUACAUUUGUAAUUCUACUGGGUCUGUUUUGUGUUCGGUAUAUUUGGGGGCAUCAUUGCAGUGAUAGUUUUCUCGACCCCUUGUCAGAUGUUGUACAUCAACAAUCACUGUUCUGUGGAGCAAUCCAGUAAUACAAGACUAUGAUUUAUGAAAGUAAUUUAAUGAAGUAACUAGUGUUCAUGUCUAUAAUUUGUUUCUGGAGGACUUUGCUACAGUUCUAACGACUUACCUUUAAGCAAUAAACACGUUCUAUGGGAAGGGUA